AGGCACCGACCGACCGGGCGAUGACUUUGUCGUCGACGACGACGAUCAUGAUGAGGAAAACGAAAACGAGUCAGUUGUCGAGGAGGUUCUAGUUCGACGGAAAGCCACGGACAAGAAAGAUUCCGCUGAUCUUGUGGAUUCAGCUUCCAAGCCGGGGAAAAACAACAUAAUUUCCUCGACAACCACGGCACCAGCGGCGAAGAAGAGCAGUCCGAAAGCCAAGGCAAAACCUGCAGUCGGGGGUACAGUAGGAGCUCUUUCUGUUGCAGCGCCAGAAGGAGCGCUAUUAAAAAGUAGUACGUCUGCUGCAGGAGGUACUAGUGCAAAGAAGACAUCUUCACGAGGACCAGCCACUGACGAGAAAAGCAAGAACGCACUUGUAGAAGCGCCCGUAGUUGUAGUACCUCCGUCCUCCGAUGCCAAGGAAGAUCAGAAGAAUUUCGUCCAGCUGGGGCAGUUGUACAAGAAUCAGUACAAAAUCAAACAGAAGGAAGACAGCCGCUUUUACUAUUACAACAAGGCGCUAGGGAAACGGCGGGUGUUUGUCCGGCGGAAGGUGCCGAGGAAGGGGUGGAGCAUCAAGCUCAACAUCGACGCGUGGUGGAAGGGUCAGACCUGGAACACGAUAAAGAUCCGGACAGCGGAGCGGAAAGAGGCAGAUAAUGCAAUGGGUGAAGGAGCAGAUCCAGAUGAUAUGUUGUCGAGCGGAUCCGGAAACAAGAUGAUUUCCAAUUCGGAUUUGGAAAGGCAGCUGACCCAGAACCAGUUCUUGAGUCAAAACCCCCUGACGAGCGAAAAGGAAAACACGAACGACCGCAACGAGAAAAUAAACGACCAUAACCGUGACAGCACCGCAGACCGCUUUAGCAGCGCCUCCGAAGGAGGAGGGCCCAAAAUGAUCCGCAGCCUCCGCACUUGCUCUUCGAAGCACAUUGUGUUUCACGACGAGGUGGCGAAGAAGUACGGCGAGGCGGGUCUGGAAGUGUACGCCGACGUGUCUACCGACGACUCGGAUCCCGGGUCCGAACCGGAGUCGGAGGAAGAGCUCGGAAUAAAAAGUGCCGGCGAGGGUUUACAACCCAGAGGUAAAAACAACUCAUCUGCCAAAACUACCUCCAGCAGAAAAGACCAACAAAAUAUCAAUCCCGACCAUGCCAACUCUUCCGAUGACGAAGAUUACAAGAAACUGGUUGAAAACUGGCGGUCGGAGCAACAGAAAUUGGUGCAGCAACUCCAGAACAACAGCCUCACCAACGUGUUGAAGCUGAAAAAGAUUAAUCCCCAAGCACUGCUCGGCGAGAUUGAAACGACCAUCCCGGCAGACGUGAAGAAGCAGCUGAAAGCGAAACUCCGGACGAUGAAGCGGAACGCAAAGAACAAAAUCAUGUUUGAGCAGGCACAUCGGAGAGCGCCGGUCGGGAACACCCGGCUGAAUUCCGUGUUGGCGAACAUCGAGAAACGGCUGGGGGAAAAGGGGAUUGCCGGCGCGGACUACAGCUCGAACAUCGUCCGCAAAACGAAGACCGGUGGAAACAAGAGGGCGGCCCAUCAUGAGAAAAGAGCGGGGUUCAAGUACGAUCUGGACGAUGGGUUCAUCAACGACGACAGCGACGAGGGCGGGAACGUGAAGGAAACCCAGAAAACGUUUUCCGACAUAGAAAGCGACGAUAAAAACAAGUCGUCCGAUGAUGGCGGUGAGGGAGGGAAGAAAGCGAAGAAACGGAAGAAAAUGAAGAACAAGAAUAAUGACGAGACCACUGGUGGGACGGUCUCAGGCGCAGUUGGAAGUAGAUUAUCUUCAGGGAAAAAAAAGUUCGCGGAGGAUUUUGACGACUUGGCUGACAAGAAAAAUACGACGAAAAACGAAAAUGAUAACGACGACUCGGAGCAAGAUCAAAACAGCGAUAUGAAUUCGUCCUCGGACACGGAAGAUGUAGAUUCCGAAGAGGAACGGGCGAAACUUCGCGAGAAACAGAGAUUCAAAGAAUUAGAAAAAGCCCGGAAGUUAGACCCGGCGAAGUUCCGCAUUUGUCUGCCGGAAGACCCCUGGGAUUUUUUGCUGGAUGAGAAGGAACUGGAGAAAAUCGGCGAGUCUGCGGAGUACCAGAAACUGCAGAAAAAUUCCGUGACGUCCAUGCUGCAAAACGACCUGAAGCUGGUGGUUUGCGGCGUUAAGGACCGCGACGAGUGGGAGAAGUUACAUUUGUCACCCGCGAGCACGAACCUUGCGCUCUUCCAAAAGUCGAAUUUGAAACCCCUGGCGUUCAUCCGCAGGUGGCUGGAGCAGGCCGUGUUGACGAACGGGGUUCCGAAUAUGGAGGACUCGUUUUUGCAGCAGAUCGAGCUACCUUUUAUCCCAGACCGGAAUAAACCGUUCUGUUUAGCGACGUAUGUCCGGAGGAACCUGAACACGAUCAUACGGUCGAAAUUCGACUCGAAGAUUCUCUGGCGGUGGGAAAAAGCCGUCGCGGAGGACAUCCGCACGAACUGGUGGCGGUUCGACGAGGACGUGAUUUCCCUGCCGAAUCCCGCGAUUCUCACCGAAAGAGAAGAGGAACUCUGGUGCGACUUCAUCUACAAGCUGGGCCGGGAAGCCGCCCGGACGGCGUUGAACGCGCAGAAGCGGGUCUUCUCGACGACGUGGCACCAAUUCGUGAAGAUUUGGCUGAAGUGCGGGGAUGAGGAGCUGAAACUGGCCUGCCGCGAGUACAGCGCGCCGGUGUUGCGGCUGUUUAAGGAGAAAUGCUUGAUGAACGAAAUCUGGCUGAUGCACCUGCGGAACUUCUCGCACAUGCAGGCCUUAGGAGGAAAACUCCAGUCGAUCCAGUACCAGGAAAGCAGAAGAGAGCAGUACAAAAGGCUCGCUUUUGGCGCACUUCUCGUCCGGAAACUGUGGCUGGCGUUCCGCCGCGCGAUCAAGAUGAUGCACGCGCACAACUACGGCGAAAUGCCGAGGAAGAACCACACGCCGGGUUGGCACGGGGACAAGUUGUUCGAAUUGUUUGUGAACACGUUGCAACACCACUGGCUGUCGGAGUGUGAGGAGAAGAUCGUGAAGGGACAGAUGUUCGCGUUGGUGGACUUAGGACCGACGAUUUUGCGGAGGGAGUUUGACAGCCACAACGCCGCGGUCGCAUUGGCGGAGCGAAACAAGACAAGUAGUAUGGCGCAACAGCAAAACUUCGCCACAGGGACAGGAGCGCCACCAGCUCCUAACCCGUCUAGCAGCGACGAUGAACUGCUGAAUUCCGAGAAGAUCACGACGGCGACGAUGGGGGAACUGCGCCCGCCGAUGCCGCUUUGCGGGAAGUUGUUUGUGUUGGCGAAAGAGGCGGAGGAGCAGUACACCAUGCAGCUGUCGAUGAUGUCACAAGAGGAGGAGUUGCGAAUCCAGAAACAGCUGCAGCGCGCAGGUCUGCAGAAACCGAUGAAUUUGGCCGGGAAUGAGGAGGGAAGGAGUGUGGAUAUAAUCGUUGGAGAUGGAAAUAAAGAUCCAUCUCUGCACGAAAACAACAAAACUACCGGAAGCGGAGCUGCGACCGGAGCUGCUUCCGCACUGGUUUCUAAGAAGAAGCUUCCCGCGAAAGCGAACAGGGUCUUGCCGGCGAAAGGAAAGGCCGCGCCAGGGAAGGCGAAGGGGGUUGUUGUGUCGGGGAGCAGUGCUGGAGGAGACGGCGCAGCUACUUCUGCGGGUCCGGGAAUAUUGCAACAGCCUGCGGGAGGCACAACUGCAACGGGAACGGUAAUUACUGGCACUACUGUCCAACAGGGCGUUUUAAAACCACCUCCGCCGCUGGGAACAGCCAGUGCUGCGGGCUCGACAAAUACAAACGCAGCAAAUGCAGCGGCGAUGCACAUGCAGCCACCCGGAGGUGCUGGCUCUACUACCUUUCCGCUACCAAACCUCCCCUUCCCGGCCGCGCCGCAAACUCCAGGGCAUCAACACCCCAUGAUGAUGCACAUGCAGCAGCCGGGUGGCGCCACCGGAUUUGUGAAUCCCAUGAUGUCGCAAAUGCCGCAGCCACAGAUGAUUCUUCAGCCGGCAUCAGGGGUACAGCAGAAUAUGCAAAUGCAGAUGUCUGCUGGCGGACAUCAGGCUUUCUUAACGCAACAGCAACAAUAUCAGCAACAGCAGCAGAUGGCGCAGCAGCAACACAUGCAGCUGCAGCAGCAACAGAUGAUGCAACAGCAACAUCAGAUGCAGCAGCAAUACAUGCAGCAGCAGCAACAGCUGAAUGCGCAAAACAUCAAGAAGUCUUCACCUCCGGCGCCGGUGGCGCCUUCUCCGGCGGAGCCGCCGCGGCAACCUCAAGCUGCUGGAAUUACCAGAGCAGCUUCGUCGUCCAGCGCAGCUUCGUCAGCGGUGCAACAGGUCGUGGUGCCAUCUUCACAUCAGCAGAGGCAACUGCAGCAGCCGCAACUCCAGCCGCAAUCUCAACAGCCUGCUCGGAACAGAACUGGGGGGGCAGGAGCCUCUUCGUCAACAACCGCAGCGAACAGCGCACGAGCUGCUGCUGCGAAUCCCGACUGCGUCCCGAUUCCCCUGCCCUGCAACCUAUCUCUCGAAUUCAACCCGUCGGUUGUGGGGCAACUGCGUUCGGUGUUGUCCCUCGAGCGACAGGACGUGUUCAUAAAGGACCGGAAGACCGGGCACCAGGAGGCGUACUCCAGUCUCGACGAGGCCGUGCAGGGGGUGUACGCACGGAUGCCACCGUCAGAGCGGGGCGACUUGCAUCUUGCGCACGUCAACGACUGGUGCGCGGGGUGGCACUUUUGGCGCCUGGUGAUCCCCCCACCGCCAGAUGCGAAGGAAAAGAAGACGCAGCUGAAGCGGCUGGCGUUGCAUAUCGCAGACUGCCGGAACAGCAAGUUGCAGUACCCCUUUUGCACGCGCGGGGAGGGCGGAAAACUGGUGCGGGGGCUGGAUUUGGACAACUUUCGGCAGUUGGAGAUGGUGCACCCAAAAAGCCAGAAACCCGCGGUACUGGAGGAGAAACGAAACAAAAUGCUGCGGAAAGGACAAAAGGGUAGAGGAAGGAUGGGAAAUUGAGUCUUUGUGCGAGAGGUGUGGUGACUUUCUGUACUUUUCGCCGCGAAGCUCGGCUCAUGGGCUCAUGUACUAGAGAAUUUGAAUUUGAAAACGCAAACUCAAAAGCGCGGCACCCAGUACGUUCUACAAACGAUUUCCCAGAGGCGUUGUCGGUGCGAUCAUGCACAUGCAUGCUUAAGUUU